CAAAACCUCAAGAUAAGUCUGGGGGAUUCCCCAGUCUGCCUUCAGAAAUAUCACUCUAGAAGCAGUCACAGCCUCACUCUGCUCUCACAGUCCAUCCUGCAGAGAGGCACGCUGUUGCUGCUCUGUGAUCUGAAGCAGUGAAAGCCAUGUCCUUGGGAGUCUGUGCUCUGCUCAUCCUCCUGUGCAAUGUUUGGUGCCUGAUCAGUGGGACUUCCGUGAUGAUCCCAGAAGUUGCUGUGAGGUGUGCUGAGGAAGCUCUGCUGCCCUGUAAAGCUCUUCAGGACUCCUCAGUCUCCUACCAGACAGUGUCUUGGUAUAAAAUGGCUGGAGACAGCAAAGGAAUAGCAUGGGAAGUCCUUGAUGUGGAACCUCAUUAUCCACAAGAAGCUGGGGGGUCCUUGGAGCUCUCUAAUGACACCUCCUUUUCACUGAGGAUCAAAAAUGCCACCAGCCAAAACAGCGGGACAUACAAGUGCACUUCGGGGGGGCAGAACGGAGAACGCAAUCUGAGCAGCACAGUCACAUUAAAAGUAACAGGUUGCCCUGGAAUAGAAGAGGACAAACUAAGUAAAUACAAAGGCGAGCUCUUGAUGUUGACUUGCCUUGGGAUUUUUUACUUGCUGCUCAUCUUCUUUACUUGUACAUGUCUAAGAAAAGAGAGUAUAUCUCCCAAUUACCAAAAAACCAGACCAGAUAUGAAGCACAUGCUCACCCUCAUGAACGUACAUGAAAUAACAACGUUCCAGCAUUUAAACACCGACAACACUUGCAAAAAUGAGCUUACUUCAAGUUUUGUCUAAGUUGACAUUGAUGGCACUGUGGACUCAUCAGGAAACACAAGCUGGACGGCUGAGCAGUAUGGAGAGGAAAUAAAUUAUAAUAUAUUGUCUCUUCAGAGCAGCCUGAAAGUACAGGUACCUUGUCAGUGAUCUGCUUGUGCUGAACAAGCCUUCAACAAGCACUGUUAUGCACUAUGGUAACUUUUGAGAGUUAGUCAGCUAAGAAAUACCUUUACAGCUACACAACAUGUUACAAUGCUGUUAUGAGGUUGGUAUCAACUUUAUUUCACUCUGCUGUGAAGCCCUCUUUUUCUGAGUAAGAAUAUGCUUCUAACAUGAAGACUGAAUUAUAGGGAGUCCAUGGCUGUGCAAAGCCAGCGGAUGAAGCUCUUCCCUGGACUGAUAUCUCCCACCUGUCCAAAGCAAACACAGCAGGUGCUGUGGUAUGAAAAGAUAAGUGUGCAGGGCUAUCUCUGCUCUAAGCCUGGUCCUGGGUGGAGUUCUUUUACUACAAAUGAGAUGUUACUCAUCAUGUGAUGUUCAAGUAGGCUGAAGAUAUAACUUCAUGCUCUGGGCUGGACAGAUCAAAGCAAUAUCCACUCUUAAAUCUUAGAGUAACCGACAGGCUGAGAAAGAUUUUUUUUGAGUGAACUUUUUAUCUCAGCAGGAGAAAUAGGGACAUAUUUUCCUGAUUAAUCUAUAGGAACCUUCAAUGAGACUGUUAAUCUUAAAUAAGACUGAAGAAGAUUGUGAUAUUAAGGACAUGAAAAGAUGACUUUUUGUGUGGUUUACAAAACAUGGAGCCAAAUGUAUGCAACACUUAUUCAGUCAAGUUACAUGAGUGAGGACCAAAGCCAUGGCUUGGAAGAAAUCAACCAACCACUUCUUUGGGAUGUACUAAGCUAGCUAUGAGAUACAGGAAUGGAAUCUGGGACAUGAGCUUUUGGCAGCAUAUGUAUGUGGAAAAAGGACAUGAGAAAAGUUGAACUGAGGCACACAAUAAAGGGGAGAGAAGAUUAGUCCUUUUGGACCAAAAUGAUCUUAGGCUCUGAAUCCAAGGAACCUCCCUCUAUUGGAUUGCUAGUGCAGAAGGUGAAGGAAGAGGAGUCUAAAGUGAUUGUGGUUGCUUAUGCCAUAAUGUCAGAAUUUGAGCCCAAACAUCAGAACUUGCAUAACCUGAAGAACACCAUCUUAAAAAAAUACUUCAAGAACUGACCGGCAACAUAACCGGCAUGCAGUUUGGAAUUCCAGGCUGUUGACAAAAUAAUCUUUCUGCAAUCCUUUAACUAAUUUUGAAGAGUUGGUGGGAAGAAAGCUGUACAUCACUCAGCACUGGCUUUGUGAGCAGGGUAGAUGUCUGUAUUGCUGGAGUCCAAGAAGCUCCUGACCAGGAUGACUUGUAGUUACAAGGGGUAUGAAAAUUACUUAGAACAUAGUAAAGUAAUGCCACAUCAACUUUUUGUUUUCUGUAGGUUUUUAAUUUAAAUGUGUGUAGGAUACUUGAAAUAAAAAUUCAGAGAUAA